AUGGGUCCAGUGGCACCAGGAGCACAACUCAGUCAGAACCAUUGGUCGAUCUACCUGAUCAUCAAAGGUGGCGGCUCGGUGCGGCUUAAUAUGGAGACCGAUCCCACUCCUGGAAAACAUGAAGGCAUCUUCAAAGUGACGCGCCACCAGUACGAAAUGACAACUAGCUGUGUCCGUCAUUGGGACUGUCCCGCCACAGACAACAUCACAGUCGGAAGAAUCCUCAAACUAAUCGGCGAGAAGAGGCGAAACCGGUACCGAAUGACUCCGACGGGGGUUGGGUGUCGACAUUGGGUAUUGACCAUCAUUGGCGACCUGGUGAAUGCAGGGUACAUUGGAGAUACAAAUGCAACGGCGACCCUGAAUCAGGUCAUCCAAUUCAAUUAUUCCCGCAACCAACACCCUGUUGCUCUCCCAAUGCUGAAGGGCUCGUUUUACUGA